UCGAAGUUUUGUGCUCGGCGCCGUGCGCGGUUCCCACUCAGCGACAUGAGGUCCCUGCUGCUUCUGCCGCUCUGGGCGCUCCUCCUGGUUUGGGGGAGCUCUGAAGUCCCGCAAAGGCAUUUCCCCUUCCGCUGCCUCCAGAUCUCGUCCUUCGCCAACAGCAGCUGGACGCGCACGGACGUCUUGGCGUGGCUGGGGGAGCUGCAGACCCACACUUGGAGCAAUGACUCGGACACCAUCCGCUUCCUGAAGCCGUGGUCCCGGGGCAAAUUCAGCGACCAGCAGUGGGACAUGCUGCAGCAUAUCCUUCGAGUUUACCGAACCAGCUUCACCAGGGACAUACAGGAAUUCGUCAAAAUGCUGCGCCUAGCCUAUCCCAUCGAGCUCCAACUGUCUGCUGGCUGUGAGCUGCAACCUGGGAACACUUCAAAAAACUUCUUACACAUAGCAUAUGAAGGAAACGAUAUCUUGAGUUUCCAAGGAACUUCUUGGGAGCCAGCCCCAGAGGCCCCAGUUUGGAUAAAUGUGGUCGUUGGAGUGCUCAACCAUGACCAAGGCACGAGGGAAACAGUGCAGUGGCUUCUCAAUGACACCUGUCCCCAGCUUGUCACUGGCCUCCUUGAGGCAGGGAAGUCAGAGCUGGAGAAGCAAGUGAAGCCUGAGGCCUGGUUGUCCAGUGGCCCCAGUCCCGGGCCUGGCCGUCUGCUGCUGGUGUGCCACGUCUCAGGAUUCUACCCAAAGCCCGUGUGGGUGAUAUGGAUGCGGGGUGAGCAGGAGCAGACGGGCACUCAGCACAGUGAUCUCCUGCCCAGUGCCGACGGGACAUGGUAUCUCCGAGCGACCCUGGAUGUAGUGGCGGAGGAGGCGGCUGGCCUGUCUUGUCGGGUGAAGCACAGCAGUCUAGGGGGCCGGGACAUCAUCCUCCACUGGGGUGGCAGCCACGCCUCCCUGGGCUUGAUCAUCCUGGUAGUACUGGUGUGCCUGGUGUUCCUCCUUGCGCUCAUUGGAGGCUUGAGGCUCUGGCUUAGGAGGUACUGCUCCUAUCAAGACAUCCUGUGACUCUCGUAACUACACUUGCUCUCUGGAACUCAGAACCUCAAGUCCCAGGACUUCAGUUCUGGUCUGCUCGGGAAUCGAGGAUGAAAGGAGAGGAACCUUGAAGAAGUAGAGAACGGUCAUAAGGCAGCUCUCAUCACACCCUUUUAACAUUUUUCUAAAAGAAUUUAAGGUUUAUUUCAUUGUACUACAAAUUUAUAUGCCCAGAUGGUUCUGUAAAAACAGGAGUGUAGGCUCAGAUGCCAACCACGGACAAGCGGAUAAGCACUGGGGCAUAAGUGCAUGUGGUGGAAUCUGCACUGAACUGGAAAAUACCUGUCCUGCCCAAAGGAAGCAGCUGCAGGUGCGUGUUGUCAAGCAUAAAGUCAGGCUCUGGCUUGGCUGUAACCCACAUUUUUCAAGAAAACUGGAAAUCUGGA